AUGUUCGACCUCCCUGAUGCAAAGCGUGUUCGCCGCAGUGACCUCUACGCCCGCUCUCAAUCCUCCUCCCCAACGCCCUCAGAACCAGACCCAGACUUCGAAGCUCAACUACAAGCCCGGCUUGCUUCUCUCUACGGCUCCGCAUUCGGUGCAUCUACAACUACUUCAAUUUCCAACCCAUCCGCCGCCCCCAAUGGCAAGAUACAGCCGGAUGCCGAAGCUGAGGACGAACCGGCAGAAUUCGAGUUCCGACUAUUCUCAUCUGGCAAGAAUGACGAGGCGAAACCUCAGAAAAUAGUCCUCGAGGAUGAGGAAGAGGAGCUUGGCGAGGGUCGCUUUGUGCGUAAUAGGGACUUGGCAUAUUAUUUUGCGGAGAAAGCGGUUGGUGAGCAGAAAUGGAAAUUUGAGAGCGCGGCUCUGAGUGGUGAAGAGAUACUGGAUCUGGCGAAACAAAGGGCGUGGGGACUGGAAGUCCCAUGGCGAGUAACAGUUCUCAAGACAUCUGUAAAAUCGAAGACUGCCGGCGGUGCUGUAGACAAGAUGGUUAUGGCUGGAAGAAAAAGGCCUGGGAAGAAGAGUAGAAUCAUAUUGCGGCAGAAGAAAAAGAAAAGAGAUGAAAUUGAAGAGAAUGAGAGGAGGGACAAAGAGCUGAAGGAUGAGACUGAGCGAGAGAAGAGGACGAGACGAAACCGGGAGAAGAAGGUCAAGAAGAAGAUGAAGGAGAAAGCGAAGAAGGCCGAGGGGGCUGGAAUAGAGGUUGCCGGUGGCUCUGUUGCCUCUUCCGGUGAUGAUUAG